UGUGUCUGAUAUUUUUUUUAUAUAUUAUAAUCAAUAUAAAUGUGGUGAAAUAGUGCAAUAAUAUUCACUAACCUCCCUAAAAGCAGCUCUUGUGUAAAACACCAGUAGGUAUGUGUCUGUCCUGACCUCCCCCUUCUUGUCAUGCUCUUUGUCCUUCUUCCCUCAUGUGUACAUGUCCAUGUUCAGCUCUAAAGUAAACCUGUCACCCACUCAGCUGUGGCAGCAGUGCCAUCUCCUGCUGAGCUCAGCACAGAGCACAUUAUGAGCCUGUCAUUCUGCUGCUGCUGCUGAGAGGAUUACACUCCAUACUGACUGUACAUGACUGCUGUGACCCGGCUGGGACAGAUAAAAAGCAUUUAGACAAAGCUGGAAGGAGAAGACACAUGUAAUGCAAUGAAUGAUCCUCCUGGACUCCAACAGUGACAGGGAGGGCGCACAGAGCACAGCCCAGCAGCCUUAUCUCUGUUUAUUCCAGACUAUUAUUAGUGAUCACACUCAACACAGGGGCAUAAAAAACGUAUUAAUACCACUAGUCCCACGGUAGAGGGGAAAAAAAAGCUAAAUUUGAGCUUCCCACGCAUUUGCAGUUGUGCGUAAACGGCGCAGCACAGAGGCGACCACUACAACAUCUGCAUGAAAAUAGCCGGCGAUUAAAUUAGAAACCAGAAAAUGGGUUAAAAAAUCCGCUUCGACUCAGGGUUUCACGUUGAACAAUUCCUCGCCUGCAGCACCCAGAAGUGAACAGCAGGCGACCCGGAAGGUUUGAAGUCCGACUGAGAGCGAGCAGAAAGAGGACUCCAAUCCUUUAUUAAAUAUUUCUACUCGGGGCUGGUUCAGGAUGGCUGAACCUCGCUUCAACAAUGCUUAUUUCUGGCCUCCACCUCCUACGAUGCCCAGCCAGCUGGAUAACCUAGUCUUGAUCAAUAAAAUCAAGGAGCAGCUGAUGGCAGAGAAGAUCAGACCACCACACCUGCCCCCUGCCACAGCCCCCUCCCAGCAGCCCCUACUGGCAGCUCCCAGCCAGGCAGAAGGCGGUCAGCACGGGAUGUCCAAAGCCCAGCAGAUGCAGGUUCUCCCCAGCCACAGCCCAUCUCAGCCGGACAUCGCCCUGCAUGCCCGGCCCGCCUCCAGCUCAGUCACAGGUCGUAUUCUGGGGGACGUAAACUUAAACCUUGAUGAUAAGGCAGCUAUAAAAGCCAGAGGAUUAUGGGAAGAUUGGCACUUGCGUCAACUCAUCGACCACCCCUCUCGAACUAACCAUGUGUCAGGUGUGGCUUUGGCUUCUAGAACAGGUAACCUCAACACCUCAGAGAUCAUUACCCCGACCACUCCCACCUCGAGCAGCCACAGUCGGCUGGGUGGAGCCCCCACUCCUCACCUCAUCUCAGGAUUAGCCUGCAGCCAUGGGAUGGAGCCUAUGAAAAACAACGGGGGUCUGGUGGGACUCCUCGGCCCUCCUCCAAAGGUGGAUCGAGGCCGUAAAAAGAUCAAAGCGGAGAACGGCUCCUCUCUCUUAGUGGUGCCCUACCCCAUCCUCGCCUCAGGCAAUGACCAAUCCUGUGUCACCAUCACUGCCAAAGAAGGGAAAACCUACAGAUGUAAAGUUUGCCCACUGACCUUCUUCUCCAAGUCAGACAUGCAGAUUCACUCCAAAACACACACUGAGGCAAAGGCUCACAAGUGUCCUCACUGCACCAAGUCCUUUGCAAAUGCCUCGUACUUGGCCCAGCACCUCCGCAUACACCUGGGCGUCAAACCCUACCGCUGUUCCUACUGUGAGAAAUGUUUCCGGCAGCUGUCUCACCUGCAGCAGCACACCAGAAUCCACACAGGUGAUCGGCCAUAUAAAUGUGCUCAUCCAGGUUGUGAAAAAUCUUUUACCCAGCUGUCUAAUCUACAGUCUCACCAGAGGCAACACAACAAAGACAAGCCCUUCAAGUGUUCAAAUUGUUACCGUGCCUAUUCAGACUCCGCCUCCCUGCAGAUCCACCUCUCUGCGCAUGCCAUCAAAAACGCCAAGGCCUACUGCUGCAGUAUGUGCGGUAGAGCAUACACCUCAGAGACAUACCUUAUGAAGCACAUGUCCAAGCACACAGUGGUGGAGCACAUGGUGUCCCAUCACUCCCCUCAGCACAGGACCGAGUCCCCUGCCAUCCCUAUACGGAUCUCCCUCAUCUGAGCUCCUCAGUGCUGUUGAAGCCCCGCCUCCCCAUCAGACGACUCUCCUGUGAUAUCAACAGGCCUCUGACGGACGUUGAACCCACAGAUAGGUUCCAAAUACUGUGCCAGAUUGUACUAGUUUCUUGGGAAGAGGUGCUCUUUUAACAAGUAUAUCUUCAUUUCCUUUGUUGCUGACCAGAUAGUAUUAUCGGGGACAUCCAAAGAUGAUUUCUCAGCACUUUCAGGCCUGGAAAUGACAGGCUUUAAAUAUUUUUAGUGUGAAUACACAGAAAAAAAAGGCAUCGCUCCAGGCAGCUACAUGGGAAUUUUAACUUUUUUGUGUUUUAACAAAUUUCUUUGCCUUUUUAUACAGUCCUUUAUGUUCCUUACUUAAGUCUUGCAAGAUGAUAUAUUUGCAUCAAAAAUAGUCUUCCGUUAGCGACAGUAGGUCAAGGCUAAGUGAACAUAGAGGUGAAUGCUUAUAUUGUGUGUACUCAUGUGCAGUAAGUAUAUCGUGCCACUUUUUAUGUCAGUGUCUGCAAAGUUUCACCAAUCACAUGGCAAAAUGCACACAUAGACAUUUAUUUACACUUUUGUUACCGUUGCUCCAAACCAGGAUGAGUGACUGUCUCAGAAUUGGAAUUAUGAGUGUUUUGUUUUGUUUUUUUUUUUCCUGUUACCCUUAUUUUGUUGUAUAUUAAAAGUAUGCUCAAGGCAAUCCUUUGUGAAAGUAUAUAUUAGUAUUAACAAAAAAAACCCUGACAAAUCCACAAACACAUGAAAAGCAGAAUCAGUAAACAAACUACUGUCAAGUUAAGUGCUAAAAGGGAUUUAAUAAUGUGUGAUUUUUAAUCUUUUACUGUGCUGGUCAAAAUGCUCUGAAAACAUCAUUCGUAUGCCUUUAUCUUUCCAAAUUCUCCACAAUAUCAAGGAUUAUUGAGUUGAUAUCAUACUGAAUGCUGCACUUACGGUACUUUUUGACCAUUUCUGUAUUUGAGUGUGCAACAACAAUAAAUGUUACAUUUGGGCUGAAAUGUUACACCACCACUCUGCUGCUGACACAUUCUGCAGAUGUGAAAAUCAACAGAGAUAUGUUUUUGGAAUUUCUACUUUCAUUGUGUAGAUGCAGCAUCCAUUGUCUUUGAAUAUUCAUUUUACUGUCGUAUUAAUAAUCAGUACUUUUCCAUUUUAUAUACAUUUAAGCCUUAACCUUGUUACAACUCUAUGGUCCACUUUUUUUAUUAUUAUUAUUAUUAUUUUACCUUUGCCUUUUAUGCCAUGACAUGAUAUAUACUGUAAAUAAAUUAUAAUAACUGUCAACCCAUUUUAUAAUAAAUAGUUAUAUAAUUGCACAAACAGGUUUCUCCAUUGUUUUGUAAUCAGAUAUUACUCCUGACCAACCUUUGUCUCUAUUGUUGAUAGAAAGAAUGCUCUUUUAGGAAGCUGCUUGUCUGCCGAUGAAAAUACAGGGGUUGGACAAAAUAAUGGAAACACCUUAAAA